AUGAGAUUAUUUUUAUUUGUAUUAUUAUUAGUCACCCUUUCAUUCUCAUCAGUAUUUGCUGAUCACUCAAAAUGCCCAUCAUCACCAUACUUUGAUGUAGCUCCAUCUGAUAUUACUCAUGCUAAAGAUUUAUCAGCCGCCGAAUUAGCUUACCAUUCAAAAUAUAUGCAAAUUGCAAUUGAUAUUGCCAUUGAAAAUAACUCCAAAUUUGCUGCUGCAAUCGUCCACAAAAAUGGUACUGUUGCCUGUACUGGUGUUAACGUUGGUGGUUCAAGAAUGUAUCAUGGUGAAGUUAAAGCUAUCAUGAAUUGUACUACUAUGUAUCAACAAGCCACCUGGGAAGACUAUUCAUUGUACACUACUGGUGAACCAUGUCCAAUGUGCUCUGCUGCUAUUAUGUGGACUAAAUUCCAAAAAGUUAUCUUUGCCUCAUACGUUUCAAACAUGUAUUGUGAACGUUGUUUCAAUCAAUUACCAAUGGACUCAAAUGAAAUCUUCAAAUUAGGUUAUGGUAUCAACCACAACAUCGUUGUUAUUGGUGGUGUCUUAGAUAAUAUUACUGAUACUUUCUUCCCAAGCGUUUGUAACCAAGCUGAAACUGGUUGGGGUGUCACUCCAUUAUGUCAAAAAGGAUGGUCACGUGAAUGUCCAAGACCAUCAAGAUAUUUCGGAAAUUAA